AUGGGAAGGCAGCCAUGCUGUGACAAGAUUGGUGUGAAGAAAGGCCCAUGGACUGCCGAGGAAGACAACAAGUUAGUCACCUUCAUCCUCACCUACGGCCACUGCUGCUGGCGCGCCCUCCCCAAGCUCGCUGGCCUCCGCCGCUGCGGCAAGAGCUGCCGCCUCCGCUGGACCAACUACCUCCGUCCCGACUUGAAGCGUGGCCUCCUCGAUGAUGCCGAAGAACAACUUGUCAUCGAUCUCCAUGCCCGUCUAGGCAACAGGUGGUCAAAAAUUGCAGCGAGAUUACCGGGAAGAACGGACAACGAAAUCAAGAACUACUGGAACACCCACAUCAAGAAGAAGCUGAUCAAGAUGGGGAUGGAUCCAGUAACGCACCAGCCUCUGCAGAAGCAACCGAGUUGCAGCGAAGGCAGCUCCAGUACUACUGAUUCCUCAGCCGCCAUUUCUUCAUUAUCAGAAGCUAAUUUCGCAGGGAAAGAUCAGGCAUUGACAAGCCACAUGUGGGUGGAGACUCUGAGGGAUGAUCCGUGGCUGAAUUUCCCAACGUGGGGCAGUGAAAUCAACAGUGAUUUUGGAUCAUAUUCGUCGGAGGAUAGCUUGAAUCGGUUGUUGGAUUACUACAAGGAGCUUGGAGAUGAGGAUUUUGAGUUUGGUUCUUUGGGGGAUUUCGACAAACAGUUGGUGGGCAUGUGGCCUUCAGACUGAUCUUACUCUAAUUUCUAGGCUUCUGUUUCGGUCUUGCAGAUGAAAUGAUUGCAUGAAGAUCGGAAAACUUACAAGAAUAUGGUCACACAUGUAAAUGUAAUUAUGAUGAUCCA